UGUUUGCCACCUGUGUCCUAGAGACUGAGCUGACUGAAGUAUCACAAGGCAUUGUAGGCCUGAGUAGAGUUAACAGAAUAAUCUUUGGGCAGCAUUCAAAUAGUAUGUUGCUGAGACAUUUGGGUUUUUUUUGCCCCAGAUUCUGCCUUUACUUACAAAAGGGUCCCAAAAUAUGUUGUGCAUUGUUUCUUUUCUUAUUUCACCCUGAAUCAAUGAAAACAACUUCACAGACCAGUAUUGGCUUAUAGUCUGGCAUUUGAGGAUCAUUGGUGUAACUAAUGAAUCAUGGAAAAACUUGAGUACAGUGGCCUUUGGGCAUACUUCUCACCAACAGGCUGGAAAACGGAAUUGGUAGCCACAGAGAUUUUUAUAUACAUGAAAGAGUCAGUAGUUCACAGUGACCAGACCACCUAAGUCUGUGAUUAGUAUACAUAGAUUAACCUAGAGGGAAAGAAUCCCUGAGUAGAAUUCUCCCCAAUGUGUUUGAGGAAAAGAUUGGUUGGAUAAAAUACAGGGUUGGACAAAAGCAGGCUGAUAGUUUUUCAUAUGGAAAAUAAGGCAUUAAUUAAUAAAAAUACAAGAAUAAAGUCUGUUUGGUCUUCUCAGAACUGUAAUCCUAUUUUAGUCCCACCCUGUAUUCUUAGCUCCUGGUAGAAUUACAUUACAGCCUGUGGUGGCUAAGCCUUAGGUAGGCUUUAGCUUUGAUAGGAUUAAAGUUAUUUUUAGAACCACAGAUGAGACCUCAAAAUAUUAUUUUGGCCCUCUUGACUCUGAUCCAGUAGCUCUCAUUCCUUGGUAGAAUAUCAGAAUUACUUUUAGAACUUUUUAAAAAUAUAAGAUCUGGGCCCCACCCUUGGAGAUUCCAGUAGUUGGUACAACCUGGCAUUAUUAUUUUUUCAAAGUUCUUUAAAGCUGAUUCCUAUGAAUAGCAUGGUAAAAUCACUGCUAUAACCAUUAAGUGUUUCUCCAGGGCAAAGCCUGUCUCCCUAAUGUUUUCCUUCAUCUUCUUCAGAUAUACCGUGUGAAGAUUCUAUCCUUCUCCAGAAGGGGAGCAUGAAGAAGGAGAAAAUGGAAGCUGACUCACUAACAGUCAAAUCCCAGAGCUUCAAUUUUCCAAACCAAUUGAGGUUCCCAAAUUGGAGAUUAAGACAAAAAGAUGGAUGAUGGAACAAGAAAUCCCAAGAACAAUGGUUUUUGGUAAGAAGCAGGCAGAUAGACAGACAAUUUCAGAAAAUCAGGAUUCGGUUUCAAAGCAGAAAAUUUCUGGAGAAGAAUCAUCCCAUAGAAUGAUAAUGGCAAAACUGACCCAAAGUGGGCUUCCUCCUUUAGAUGCCUGGAAAAGGGAUGUUUGCUUACAUAGGAAACACGAACACCGGGACAUAUAUUCACCACAAGGAACUUUUGUUCAUAAGACAAUUUAUACUGAGGAGGGAGACUUGGGAUGUCAUGAAAGUAAGAAAAGCUUCGAUGUUAAGUCAGUUAACUUAGUUUUUGAUACACAACAGGAAGUUCCUAUGAGGAAGGGGUCCCCAGAGUGCGAUAAGUUUAAAACUAACUUCAAAUUUAAUUUAGACUCAGUAGGUAAGCAACAUUCAGAAUAUAAUGAAUAUAGGAAUGCCUCAAGCCUGAAUACAGAUAUUCGACACCCAGAAAGUCAUACCGUGAUGAAUCGCUAUGAAUGUUUUCAGUGUGGGAAAGCCUUCAGCCGGAGCUCAUCCCUUGUUCGACAUCAGAUCAUUCACACAGGAGAGAAACCCUAUAAAUGCAGUAAGUGUGAGAGAUUCUUCAACCGACGAACAAACCUUAGUAAGCAUCAAAAAAUUCAUCUUGAAGUAACAGCCUACAGAGGAAAUAAAUGGGGAACUGCCUUCAGUAAGAGUGAAAACAGUAAUAAAAAUCCAAGUCUCCAACCUAGAGAUAAUGCCUAUCAAUGUGUUAACUGUGGUAAAUCCUUCAGCCGGAGCUCCUCACUUAUUCGACAUCAAAUGAUUCAUACAGGAGAGAAACCAUUUAAAUGUAACAAAUGUGAAAAAACCUUCAACAGGAAUUCAAACCUUAUUAAACACCAAAAACUUCAUACUUGAGAGAAGUCCUAUAACGAGAGUAAAUGUGGUAUUAUCUUCAGUCACAGUGCAGAACUUAUUCAACAUCCAUGAAUUUAUGCUGGAAAGAAUCCUAUGAAAAUGCUAAAUGGAAAAAAAAAAAAACCCUAUUUGUCAGAGAUUAUGCUUUCAUUGAAAAUGAUGGAAUUAAUAUUGGAGGGAAAUCUCUCACUGGAUAGAAAUCUCAGGGAGAUGUUCCAGGCUUCCAGAUAAAGCCACAGACUUUGGAGUUAAACAUAUCACCAUACAAGUGUUUGUCAGUCAUCAUUCUGAUGUUCAUUACCAUCAUCUAGUUCAUAAAAAGGACCUCUUUACCUGAUCUUUUUAGGAAGUCCAUAUUUGGGAGAGCCAAGCAAUACAUUUGAAGUUGAUAUUUAAUAAAACUCAAACUUUCAGUUCUUAUAAGAGGAUUACAAGAAACCAUGAGCUCACUAGAAUAUAGGAGGACAUUUCUAAGGACUAAAUCCUCUGAAUUAAUGGCAAAGACUACAGUGACAGUCAAUUACUCUACCCUUAUUAAUGUCCGAGGCUGCCCUGGUGCUCAGUGGGAACUACAAUUGGAAAAGGGUUAUCAUCUGCAAUGGGAGGUGGAUGUGUUGUUAAUCUACAUGUAUUCGUUAAGAUCCAAAUUUUUUAAAAGUACUCUUUGGAACUAGGCUGGAGAGAUAUCCAUAGCCCUAGGUCUGUCAUUUAUCCUAAACAUUAAAAGGUCAAUAAAGUAUCCUAAUUCUCUGUGCACCAGUACUUUGUUCCAUAAACUGCUUCAGGAUCCCAAAGAGUUCUUGAGCUGAGAAGUUUAUUUUAAUCUGCCCAAAAGUAUUCAUACUGGAGACAUUCCCAGUGAAUGAUGAUGGUGACUUUUUAUGAGCUUAUACCUUGUUCAAAAACAGAAAAUCAUACUGAAGUGGACUCCUGUGAUGAGUUAAUAAGUGUGGAAAAUUAUCCUGUGCUCAUUUGUUCAUCCUUUAUAUCACAACAUGAGUUGUAUUAAGACAAAACUAUAUGCAAGUGAUUAAUAUGGAAAUUCAUAUAAAUACAAUGCAAUUUGUUAAAGGAUCCUAACAAGAGAAAACCACUGAAUGUAAGAAAUUCUUUGAGAUAUAUAGUUCAUUCAUCAAAGCAAUUACAUGUUGAGUAUAAUGGAUUCUGACAUUCUCAUUGUAGGUGUUCUGAAUCUUUUUUUCUUAUAUGCUGUGGUUUUCUUUUGGGUGGUUGAAACAUAAAAGUACUAUUUUUAUCUUUUCUCUCAACAACUAGGUCUUUGGGUCUAAGGAAAAUGCUUACAUUUUUUCUCCUAAAUCUCCCAGCUUUCUAAAAAAUAAAAGAUCUGUUUAUUGUUAUUUACUAGGUUAAAUAUACAUCACUUCAAAGAAUGCCUCUUUAGAGUGCAUUUAAAAUUUAUUUUUUGCACAUUUACAGCCAAUUAACACCUCUCAAUCUUUUCCCAUAAGCCUAUUUAUUUAAUAUAUAUUUUAAUUUUACUGUAUGCAUUCAAGACAGAUACCUGAGUUGAAACAUAAAACAGUAGAAAUUAACUAGAUUGUAUGUGGUGGAGGGUGGGAAUGUUAGGAGAGAUGAUAAAGGAAAAAUAGGAGUACAAAAUUACCAAGGGACUAGGGCAUGGCAUCAGAAAACAGAGAAGUUCACAUGCUGGAAUAUGGCACUGGAAAAUAGUGGAACAGGAAUAUAUAGGGGUGAAAAUAAAGACUCAAAGACCAGAUCAUGAAAGGCCUUGUAAGCCAUCUUAGAAAUUUGGACUUGAUCCGAAAAAUAAUGACAAAGAAAAAAAUUCUUAUCUACACAGUUAUUUAGCCCUCUUAAAGUGCUAAUUGAAAUAACAGGUGAAAAUAAAUGGAAAUUGCAAAAGUUAAGCAUUUGCUGAUGAUGUGGUAGACCAAGCAGGAUAACCUAAAAAAAUCAAUUAAAAACUUAGAUAUAAUAAGUAAAUUCAGUUAUAUAUACCCCACUAGCUUCAAAAAAUAUUUUUAAUAAAUGGAAAGAUGUUUCUGGAUGAGAAGACUUGAGAUGUUGAAUCUUCUCACAUUAAACUAUAAAAAAUAUUUCAUUGAGAAGACUAUUUCACAAAUAAUUAUAAAGUUUAUUUUGUAGGUACCACUUUGGUGAGGAGAACUAAGAGAUAUUUCUAUAGAAGACAAUGAAUUUGGUAGCUAGAGAAAAGCAUCUGAGAAAGAUAUUUUGAUUUUUUUAUGAAAAUGCUUCUUAUAAAAGAUCUACUAAAAGAGUCUUAAGAUGUAUAACAAAUAAAACUUCUGUAUUUUAAUCCUGGAUUUGCCAGUAAUUUGUCCUUUAACUAAUUAUUUAACUUGGGACUCUAAUAUCUCAUCUGAGAAUAGGGAUACCUGGCCUACAUUUUUAUUAUUAUACAGCUCAAAUGAGGUAAUAUAGUACUUAUUUCUUAAGUACAGGAAUUGCAAAUUAAAUGCAAAUGUAUGGUUUUAAUAUUAUUAGAGCUUAAUGAUUUAACAGAGUGUUUGGCUCAUAGUAAAUGUUAAAAAAUCAUAGCCAUCAAUUAUUAUAAUGUACCAAAGGAGAAGGCUAACUCAGCAACUAACAAUCCAAAUGUAUCAAAUGCAGUAAAUUCUAGCUUUAGGGAUGAAGAAUUCCCCAACUGCAUGCUCAGGUUUUCUGAGAGUCAAACAUGAUUUUAUGAAAGAAAUUUCAGCAACAGAAUUCAUCAUAAAUACAGUGAACACUUUUAAACAGGGAUAGAUCCUACCCUGCCUACCAUCAUUUAGGUUAAUAUAUUUUCAACUGUGAAAUUGUUUUACAUUUUUUCCAAAAGAGUCUUGCCUUUACCUUUCCUAUUCUUGAACUAGAAAAGAAAGGCAACGAUUCUUGGAAACCUAUUCAAAAAUAAACUAUGGGAAAAUCGAUUGAAAAAUGCUGUGGUAAUAAAUACUCUAAAAAAUC